AUGGGGAAACAUUUCUUCCGAUCAUCUUCUCCUCCACCGGCGAAACAUACUUCUCACCACUCGCUAGCCGAGAGAGCCAUGGAGGAGUGCGAGAACGACGUCGACACCCUAAUAACCAAAUGGACUUCGUCGGAAUCCGAUCAAUUUCUCUUCUCUUUGACUAGCCACCAGGAGGCGGAGGAGCUCGUGCGAGCCGUGAAGAAUUUGCAUCACUCAAUGCAACGUUUGGUUUCCGUUACGCCGGAGGCGGAGAAGAUUUACCAAGCGAAGCGCACGAUUCAAGCGGCGAUGAAGCUUCUGGAAUCAGAGUUUCGCCGUGUGCUGAAGGCGAAUAUGGAGUAUCCUGAUCCUGAAUGCGUCACUAUACGUUCUUAUAAGUCAUCCAGAUUCAGCAUUGAGCAUGAUGGUGCCAGUUACCUCGCUGACGAUCCAGACGAUCUGAAGUUGAUCGCCGAUUGCAUGAUUUCCACCGGAUAUGUUAAAGAAUGUAUUAAGGUUUACCAAUCCGUACGGAAAUCGAUUGUGGACGAGACGCUGCAUAGUUUGGGAGCGGAGCGAUUGACUCUGCAUCAGAUACAGAAAUUGGACUGGGAGAUUCUGGAGACGAAGAUCAAAUCCUGGCUCCGAGCAGUGAAAUUGGCCGCCCGGUCUCUGUUUUUCGGUGAAAGGAUUCUCGCCGAUCACGUUUUCUCCGCCUCAGGAUCCAUCGCUGAGUCCGUUUUCAACGAGAUCACUCGAGAUGGAGCUUUAGCGUUGUUUGUUUUCCCAGAAAAUGUGGGAAAAUUGAAGAAAUUAACCCCCGAGAAAAUGUUCCGCACGCUGGAUAUGUACGAAGCUCUCGCUACUCUCUCUCCGGAGAUCGAAUCGAUCUUUAACUCUGAUUCAAACGCAGCCGUCAAAUCACAGGUCACUAACUCGCUCUCCAAACUCAGCGAAGCCGUUCGAUCGAUGAUGGAUGAUUUCGAGUCGGCGAUUCAGAAGGAAUCCUCUAAGAAACCAGUCGCCGGCGGCGGAGUCCAUCCGCUCACACGAUACGUCAUGAACUAUCUCUCCUUCCUCGCCGAUUACAGUGAAUCUAUUGAAGUGAUCUUCGAGAAUUGGAGGCUUGCCUUGACACGUCCCUUGCCGAAAACCUUGUUCCCAUGCGGUGGAGGAGAAGAGGCUUCCCCGGAGGAUGUACACUCCUCUCCGGUAUCCAUACGCUUAGGAUGGGUGAUUCUCCAGAUGCUUUGUAAAAUCGACGGCAAGGCUCAGCCGUAUAAGGACGUGGCUCUGUCUUAUCUCUUCCUCGCCAACAACCUCCAGUACGUUGUCAAUAAGGUCCGAUCUUCGAAGUUGAAUCUCCUCCUGGGCGGAGAUUGCGUGGCGAGUCAGGAGGCUAAGGUGAAUCGGUACAUUGCAAAAUUCGAGAAGCUCGCGUGGGGGAAGAUGUUGACGUCUCUCUCCGAGGAUCCGACGGCGGAGAGCUCGCCGGAGAAGGCGAGGGAGCACAUUGUGAAUUUCAAUACUGAGUUCGAAUUGGCGUACCGGAAACAAAUCUUGUGGAUCGUACCGGACGCGAAACUCAGGGACAAAAUUAAAAUCUCGUUGUCUCAAAAGUUAAUUCCGGUUUACGCGGAGCUUUACAACCGGGUUGAAUUGGUCAGGGACGUAGAGAUGUCUAACGAGUCUAUUAUCAAAUAUACCCUUGACGAUUUGGGAAAUUAUCACUCAGACCUUUACUUCGGAAGCAAGGACUUAGGGCGUGUUUCGUAA